CACGGGUCCAUCCUCCCCAUCAGCAGGCUGCUCAACAACAUUUCUCCUGAAGACUCAGCAGCAAACUUCACCGACUCUUCGCAGUUUUAAACACCGACAUGGAUGCCCUAAAGUCGGCUGGCAGAGCUAUUAUCCGGAGCCCGAGUAUGGCGAAACAGUCCUGGACUGCCGGCAGACACAGAAAGCUUCCAGAGAACUGGACCGACACGCGGGAGACCAUCGUAGAAGGCAUGACCUUUAACCUUCGUCACCUCGGCAUGACGCUAGUGGACCAGCCCAAGGGAGAGGAGCUGUCAGCUGCUGCGGUUAAGAGGAUCGUGACCACGGCUAAAGCCAGUGGAAAGAAGGCUCAGAAAGUUGCUCUUAAGGUUUCCCCUCAGGGAAUCGUCCUGUACGACAGCAUGACCAAUAAACUCAUGGAAAAUGUCUCCAUAUACAGAAUAUCCUACUGCACAGUGGACAAACUGCAUGAUAAAGUGUUUGCUUAUAUCGCUCAAAACACCCUCAAUGGGACCUUGGAGUGUCACGCCUACCUCUGCUCCAAGAGGAAAGUGGCUCAGGCUGUGGCUCUGACAGUAGCUCAGGCCUUCACUGUAGCUUUUGAACUCUGGCAAGUGGCCAAAGAAGAAAAAGGGAAAAGAGUGAAGUCUGGUUCAGCUGGAGAGGCCAGCAGUAGUUCCCAUUCAGAGAGAUCCAACAGCUUGGGGAGCCUGAAAGGGACAGUAGAUGUUGCCACAGACAACCUAUUGGACUUUGAGGACAGUGUGAAUGUGGUGGUGGAGACCAAUGGGAACGUAGAGGAGGAUCAGCUGGAUAACCACAGACCCUCUGAGACCAACAAUAACCCUGCCUGGGAAAUAGAGGAUGGUUUGGAUGAAGCCUUCUCCAGACUGGCAGUGUCGCGUACUAACCCCCAGGUCUUGGACAUUGGGGUGACGCCCCAGGACUGGCUCACUGAACCCGACUGGGACAGCACCAAUGGAAACACUCCCAACGGUCUCAGCCCAUUCGGGGACGAUAUCUUCGGCUUCUGACCAACACAACACAGCAGAGAGAGAGACGAUAACUGAGGGGAGGAGGGAUGUCUGAACAAGGCAUCACUGCGUAUUUAGGACGAGGCUCCUUUAAGGGAAUAAGUGUAGAGUUGUGAGAUCACGUUUGGUUGGCCUCCUCACCUUGUUGUUGCACUCUUCACAUGGACAAUUCUUCCCUUGUUUGUGGAAACGGCACGGGCUGCUGCCCCUGCACACCAAAGCAAUAAUAUCAUCCUUUUAAAGGUUACGGCAUCUGUCCUGUUAUUACACUACAAACAUCCUCACAAACUUACAACUCAUCUUAUGUCACCAUUUGUUGCCCUUUGUUUUUCUAUUCCAGUAGUUUCUGCAUCAUAAUCAGUGUUUUGUAUAUGUGUUUAGUUAUAAUUUAUAGAUUUAUAAUUAUUUUUUUAUGGAUGAAGAGUAGAAUUUAAUUCAGACUGAUGUACAGACUGUAUCAACUGGCCUUAAUAACAGCAGGACAAUCAGCCACACUAUAUCUUUCAGUUUCAUGUCAUGUGAGAAUCGGCCUUCCUCCACCUUAUAUAAACUGAAGAUUGUUUUAUGUCUAAAAUGUGCAAAUCAAUCUAAUAGGUAUUGUAUUUAUAUGCACAGUGGCUCAUUCAAGUCUUGUAACAGGCAGUACUUUUUAUCUGCAGCGCUCUCUUGAUUGAAGCCCAGAUGUGUUCAAGGUUAUCAAAUUCCAUUUUGGCCGAUUCAUGUACAUUAUAAUCUAUCAGCAUUAUACAGAAUUAAAAUAUAUUCAUGAAGAAAAAAAUUGACUCCUG